UCUUAAUGUGUGUUUUGUUUGGGUUUCCACUGGUGUGGAAUUACCAAAACUAGAGAGAGCAUAGCCUAAUAUAUGAAACAGGAUAAGACCGCCUUGUAAUCAAUUUAUUUCAACAAAGUAACUGUACUUGGAAUACCACCUUUUUAAAUGGUAAAUGUAACGGAAUACAGUUACUCAUAUUUGGUAUUUUAAAUACUUAACGCCGUUACAUGUAUUCCAUUACUCCCCAACACUUAACACUAGUGUGCUGCAAAAAGUGUGCUGCAAAAGAAACACAGGUCAUAAUGUAAUAGCCUUCUUUUACCGUCAUUUAUGUUGUUUCCUAACAGUCCAGACACUAAGCUUAACAUAUAGGUGUCAGUUGACACGUGAUCAAGUUCCCUAAAUAGGACAUUCUGUGUCAUUUGUGGUUGGCCAAUCAAACACAGUCUUCUUUGAAAAGCAAAGACAGGUUUGAGAAUCUUUUCAUUCAGCGCCAGAGUCUGAACACGAUGACAUCUGCACAGUUUGUCUUCUAUCUGAUAUGCUUGUUCUUGGGGGAAACAGGUGAGUUUUUUAAAACUGCAGUACGAAACUUUUACCGUCCUUUCUUGUGUCUAAAAUGUUCAUUUACGUUCUUACAUUUUAUUUCAGUUCACACAAAUGACCUCAAAUUCUCCUUGUCUGUUCAUCAAGAAAGACAUUUUGUAUCAGCUAACACUGGGGGCAAUGUGAGUCUGUGUUGUUUGUAUGAAGGUAACGAUGUGGCAAGGCUUUACUGGUAUAAGUUAAAUUUGGGAAAGGAAUCAAAGCUCAUUUGUACUGUCAACACAGUGGACAAUCAAGCCAUGUUUCAUGAUGAAUUCAACACUGAUCCACGAUUCACAGUGAAUUUUGAAAAAGGAAAGAUUGACUUAAAGAUAACAGAUCUGCAAAUUUCAGACUCUGCUACUUACUAUUGUGCAAGCAGCUAUGGGUACAGCUUUACAUUCGCAGAGGGUACUGUCAUUGAUGUAAAAGGUUCAGGGUCGAACAUCCCAACUUUAGUGCAGCAGUCAGCAUCUGAGACCAUCCAGCCAGGAGGCUCCGUGACUCUGAACUGUACAGUACACACUGGGACCUGUGAUGAAGAACACAGUGUUUACUGGUUCAGAGACUCUGAAGAAUCUUUCCCAAGAAUCAUUUACACUCAUGGAGGCAGGAAUGAUCAGUGUGAGAGGAAACCCAACACACAGACACACACUUGUGUCUACAACCUGCCAAUGACGAGCCUGAAUACGUCUCAUGCUGGGACCUACUACUGUGCCGUGGCUUCAUGUGGACACAUACUGUUUGGACACGGGACCAAACUCAACUUAGAAGAUGAGGUGGGAUGGCUUUACUUGGUGCAUGUCCUGAAUGGAGUCGUCGCAUUCACUUGUGUCCUUAGUUUGUGUUUGAUGUCCUUAUUGUUUGUAAUGACCAAAGAGAAAAGCAUCCACUUCACAGAGUCUCAUGGAAGCUUUUCAGAGGAUCACCAGAACAUUUUAAGGGAGAACAAAACAAACAGAUCAAGAAGACAGCGCGAUGGGACAUGGAGUGAAUGUGUCUACUUUAGUGUAAAGCAGAAGAGCUGAAAAUGUUUCAUCUUUGUUUUAAAAUGUUGUGUUAUACAGAGACAAAGUACAGAAUUCUUUUAUCUAUAGUUUUCGUUUUAUGAUUUGACCUAAACGUGGUAACUGUAGAGAUGUUCUUUCCAGUAAAUCUAUUGAAGAAGCUUUUAAAAACAAACAUGCAAGUACAUUUCCAGUUUAUACCCAUCCCAGCUAUUCUGGUACUGUUUUAUAGACAGAAAAAAAUGAACACAAAUACUGUUAUUCACUGGCAAACAACUACUUACUUUAAAUAUUAAACAUGGCACACUGUCAAACGACAUAGAGCUGUUAGGAUCAUUCUUUGUUUCAGUGUCAAAGCUGAUGUGUGAUUGUUUUUUGUGAGAUUUUGAGAACUAUCUCUAUGUGACCCACCAUACCUGUGUAGUCAUUCAUCAACAUUAAAUAAAAAUAAAAAUAAUAAUUACAGGAUAACAAAGAUCAGCCUUCACACUUUAAAUGUUUUAAUAAUGUUGAUGAUCCAUGAUUUGACUUUUCCAUAAUGUAAUGAGCAACUGUGAUAUCAGGCUGUAAAAAACAGUAAUAUUUUUAACAGUACUGGAGAG